UUAUCUGAGGCGUAGAUCCCUCUCUUUCACUCCCAAUCCACGCGCACACACCUACCAGACACAGAGAGAGAAGAUGUAUAGAGAGAGAAAGGUGCGGUGUGGAGCAGAAGAGCUUUUCUGCUUCGUUUAUUCUGGAAAAAAAAGCCCGCGAUACUCCAUAGGGUAGGUUUGUCAUGGCAGCUGCUGCAGCUGGUAUAAGAUAUGCACCUGAGGACCCCGGUCUACCAAAACCAUGGAUGGGUCUGGUUGAUGACAAGACUGGAUAUGUUUACUAUUGGAAUCCAGAGACCAAUAUAACCCAAUAUGAAAAACCUGUUGCCCCUGGUCACACAAGCUAUGCGCCAGCUCAUAAAUCUUUGAUUUCAUCAGUUCAGAAGUCCCCCCAAGGACAUUAUAAUGCGAAUGAUAAUGACGACAGAUAUUCCAAAGCUAGCAAUGGAUUGACAAAGGCUGUUAUACCAGUAUCUUAUCAGGCCACCAGAAGCAGACCUGAUUAUUCACACAGUGAUGUAGAGGUGAAAGCCAGUGUUGGAUAUGGACCUCUUGCUCCCACUGGUGCAGAAAGUAUUGUGUCCGCUGAAGCCUAUCGCCGGCGUCAUGAAAUAUCUGUGACAGUACA